GUUCUGUUCUCCAACAGAGAGCAGCAAAUUAAUACGGAUACGGAUAACCCAUGUAGCCUUCUACUAUUGAUUGUGUGUGUUGCUCUCUGUAUUACGCAAAUCGACUGUCAAGUAUAUCAACUUUUACAGUGGAAUGAUUGGAACUCCAAUUUUAGUGGAUAUCUGCUGUUCCGUUGUUGAAUAUUCUGUAGAUUAGACAAAUAUAUCAUUACACGACUCUGAGAAACAGUGGCCUUUGCGACUGCCCUUUUAAAGAAUACCUGCCACGUAAAAUGACGGUGGAGAAGCCAGCCCCAGAUGCACGUACGAGCAGCAGCUUUAACAUUAUGCGACACCUGCCGAUAUUGGGGGCGCAUCCUGCCGCGAUGGCGUACUCUAUGACCACACUGGGUGCUGGUAUGAUGAACAGCAUAUUCAACUUCUACUAUGUUAAGCUCUUCUUGGACAAGUACAAAAUAUCAGAAGGAGCAUUCCACCAGUCCCAAGUGGUGUACAUGAUAUGGAAUGCUGUAAACGACCCCCUAUUUGGCUACCUCCAAGACAACUCCCGCAUGGCCUGUUGUUCUCGACGACGGCUCUCCAUACUCUAUGGUGCUCCCUUCUAUGCCCUGGCCUUCCUGUUGGCCUGGUUCCCAUGGGGAUUGUAUACCUCUGGUGAUUGGCUCAGUGGCCUACACCUAGUGGUGACACUGUGCGCUUUUGAUGGCAUGCUGACUUUUGUCCUAUUGGCUCAGUGUGCUCUUUUUGCAGAGAUCUCGUGUCACCACCAGAGCCGUCUCAGACUCAUCAAGUACAACCAGGUAGCAUCUCUUGUGGGUUCCUCCAGUGUUCUGUUCUGUGGCCUUCUCUCCAGCAACAUGGAUUACUUUCCAGCCUUCCAAGGUUUCACCGUCCUGGUUGCAGUGCUAGCCUGCGGCUGCAUGAUGUACACAGGCGUCCACAGUGAGAGUCGCUUCGACGGCAAAGGCUCUACUUUUGGGUCAUCGCGGUCCGAUGACCAGAGCCCAAGCCAAUCAGCACUUUCCUUCUCCGCUGUGACCUCUAUGACCUGGCAAAUUCUAGGCAAUAGGGACUUCCGGCUGUUUGUGCUGAUGAACUUCUUCCAAGUCUUCAUGCUAGCCUUCUGGAAUAACUUCACCAUGAUUUUUACCGAGCAUCUCAUCCCUCCUGAUGUUCUGCCGUCGCUAGCUAAAAGCUUCAUGUAUGGGGCUGGAUUCAUCUGCCCACAGAUGUUGGUGCUGGGCAGUCAGAGUCUGCUCCACAGCCUGGGAUACUACAAUAUCAUCCUGUUUACCUUAUACAUAGAGGCUGGCAUGGCUGUACUCAUGCUGUUGCUGGGUCCUCACCACUACUAUAUCCUAGCACUCUUCCUUACCACUAACAUGGUCAUUAUCCAGGCAGCUUUCAGUCUCUUCAACCUCCCUCUGGCAGACAUCAUCGACUCAGACCUGCAUCAAUACAAACGCAGCUCCCCACUCUCCUCAAUGGUGUUUGGGACAAAUGCUCUGUUCACCAAGCCAGCCCAGUCUCUGGCCCCUAUGAUGGUGGUCACCAUUCUAAACCAGUUUGGCUAUAAGGAGCUAAAAGAGGCUGGGAGCAGAGCAAGUCCUGGUGCCUUGGAGUCCCUCCACAGUGUCAUGUUCUACCUGGUGUGUGUGCUGCCCAUGUGUGUAGCAGCUUUACAGGCCCUGGCAUGGAGGCCAUUCUCAAUACGAAACAGUCACACAGAGGGCACAAAGUAUAUUGAUGGAUAAACAGGAACAAAGUUGUAUUCGAUUUUUGGGUAAAGGGUAAAGUAGCAGGUUGGGUUGGUCAUUGCAGACAGGAAUACAUUUCUGUCAACAGUGGGCCUUGCAUGUUGGAAAUAUAAUUGUAUGUUUGUCUUUCAGUACUGCACCACUCAGCCUACUGUUUUCUCAACCAAAUGAAUGUAAAAUAUAAUUUAAUUUCGUGUUUAUGCUAUAAAAAGGCAUUGAGGGACUAUCAUAAUAUUGUGCCUGUCACUUAAAGUUUAUGUCCAAGUUAUUGUUUUUAAAUUGAUAUGCUCUGAAUAUUUUCUAUCAAUCUUUUUGUACUCUCUCUAUUUUAGUUAGUAGAAAGUCUACAUUCUAAGGUCAUGAAAGUGUGACAAAAAAUCUGACAAUUCAUUUUCAGUAGUGAUUAGAAAACGUCCCCUUCAUCAGACAGUUUUUAGUAGUAAAACAUUGGUGGUACAAAGUUAUACAAGUAACAUUAUAACUAACAUUAUCCCAGUCCUACUUCGUCUUCGCAAUGACCAUGUAGAGUUUACAUGCUUGGCGUUUAUAUAUUUAUAUACAAGUUUCAUAUAUUUGAAGUCUAGCCUACAUAGUACGAGGACAUUCUAGGCAAAGUUAUUUCUUAGUCCCCAACUGUCACCGUAGUCCCUCUGGGUAGAAGCAUGAAAUACUUUCAAUGUUUACUGACAUUCGGUUCAGUUGAUGGUAUUCACAUAUUUUGAUAUAUGUCAUCUGCUGGAUUGUUGGACUGAGGACCUUGAACCUGCAAAGGGUUAGGGUUAUGUUGUUUAGUUGUAAACCCAGGAAACACCAUGCUGUAUUUCUUACAAGACAUUACAUUAAUGUUUGAGUGGAUGAGGUUUUUUUGGAGGGGGGGAGGGGAGAGAUUACAAAUAGAAUGUUCGAGAAAAACAAAAAAAGGGUGAACUACACAAGUUUUUUUACAACUAAGUCUUACAGAAUCGCAGUGUGAUGUAAUAGAGGAUCUUCCGUCUCAAGCCUACCUUAGUCUGAGAUGAACGCUUAGGGUUCUGUGCGUUCUUCCUACCAUACAACUCUUGCACAACAGCCCGGAAUUGGGCUCUUUUUGUUUUUGUGACAGUGUUUCUCUGUAAAACAAACAUAGUAAUUUGUUAAGUUUGUUAAUGAAUGAACCUUUUUAAAGAGCUGGACAUCUGAAUUAAAUCUAAGCUUUCUGACAGAAACAUGUAUGACAAGUGGUUAAUUACAGAUAUCCUUUAUUAGGAAAUGAAUGGAUGGUAAAAUAUUAAAACUGCAGUUCGUUCCUGUUUUGACUGGGUUCUCCCAGGUAUGCCAAAUUAAAUAUUUUUUAUUACCUCA